GUCUGUGGAUUCAGUGUGUGAGUGUGUGCCAAGGACAAGGUGAAACUUUUAAACAUGCUGGGAUUGUGGAAGGUGGUCUUGCCCCUCUGCAUCUGGGUGCUUCUAGUCGACUGCGACCCACAGCUGGACGAGGUGAGGCAGGGAGUCCUCAGGAGGCUGGGGCUGUCCGAGGCUCCUCGCCUGACCAAGAGGGACCUGGACGAGGUGGUGGUGCCCCGGCACCUGAGGACCAAGUACGUCUCCAUGUUGCGGCUCCACAAGGAGUCGGAGAGGAAGCGCAGGGAGCUGCCCAGCCUGGCCAGCAUUCUGCGGGGCAUUCCCGGCAACGCAGACACGACGGGAGACGUGGUGUACGCGGACCCCACCAGGCAGAGGCUGGUGUUCGACAUGAAGGGCCUGAUCCCCGACAACAGCGAGGUGACCAUGGCCGAGCUCAAGCUCUUCAAGAAAGGCGUGCGGUCGGCAGAGCUGCCCCCACGGAGACACGGACGGCCAGUCACCAACGCCAGGGUCAGUGUGUACUGGGUCAGCACCCUGGCUGAUGGCAGCAACACCUCCUCACUCAUAGACUCCAGGCUGGUCCCCAUCCUGGACUCCGGCUGGAAGAAGUUCGACGUCACUCAGGCGGUGCACUACUGGCAGAGGAGCCGGGGUGGCCAGAUGUCCCUGGAGCUGUGGGUGGAGGCCGAGCGCCCGGGCCGGCAUGCCGCUGAUGCCGCCAAGCUCGUCCGCUUUGCCCCCCAGGACCACACCGACCGUCUGCUGGGAAAACCUGAGCUGGUGCUCUACACACUCAACUUCAAUGAAUACGGAUCGGCGGGAGACUGUGACGGGGGCCGGUCGCGCAGGAGCGGGGCCUGCUGCCGGCAGGAGUACUUCAUCAACUUCCGGGAGCUGGCCUGGACCCAGUACUGGAUCAUCGAGCCUCCGGGCUACCAGGCCUACCGCUGCGUGGGGGGGUGCAGGCAGCCCCCACUGCCCUUCGUCUACGGGGAGAGGAGGUGCGCGGCGACAGAGAGCGCCUCACUGCCCGUCAUGUACCUGGUGAAGAGGGGAGACUACACCGAGAUCGAGGUGGCCGAGUUCCCCAACAUGGUCACAGAGAGAUGUGCCUGCAGUGUGGACAACCUCUCCCUCAUCUAGGCCCACCUCGGUGGUGUGGGGGGUGGGUUGUGACACUUGACUUUUCACCCAUUGACCCGGGGUCCCUGACUCCUGAUCCUUCCCUAGGCCCGGUCGCCACGGUUACUC